AUGUCGUCCGCAAGUGCAAUCUUCCAGAUUGUAGAUCUUGUUGACUUGAUCUGCGAUCAUGCUACUAUACGAGGCUAUCAGGAUACGUUGGUAAACCAAAGUUGGUUCGCGUCCUUCGCCCGAAUCAACAAAAUAUGUGCAACACCAGCACUUCAGGUGCUAUGGAGAAAUAUAUAUGGGUACAAUAAGAUCAUGAGCCUCGUCAGAGUCGCUUCGGAUAACAAAAUACACUCUCGAACAACCCGGGUGAAUGCAAAGACGGAUGCGGGAUACGAGCGGUUCUUUUUCUACACCGAUAUGAUUCAAUCCUUGCGGCCAUACGAAUAUGGCGAGAACUUUCGGGAGUGGGUUGAGCUCCUUGGCCAAAUAAAAGCACGACAUCCUACUCGGACGCUGUUCGCAAGCUUGCGGCAUGUUUCUGUGCACAAUUCGUACAUCUCCGAGGCAGGAAGCGGAAACUAUGGCUGGUUAAUGGGCAUUAACGCCGCCCAAAUCACAGAUAUCGCUAUUCUAGACAUCAAUGAGACAAUGGUGGCACAGCUUAUCUCUCUCGUCGCUCGCUUUACAAACCUCGAAUCGCUCGUGAUCAUGCCCACGCUACAAUGGAAAAGGAAUGGUGAGCCCCUGAUCAAAGCAUUACCAAAAUUGAAAAAAUUGGUCCUCCAUCCACACUCGAAUCAUCUCCCCGGAAUCCUGGCCAGUAUACCUGCCUGCCCUCAACUCGACGCACUCGAUAUCUGGUUGACGCAUAUUACGUGGAAAAUCAGCUCAGAGAUCGAAACCCCGCAGUCGACAUCAUUGGCUCACCGUUCGUCGGAGGAGCGAAUGUUGAACCUCAAGCUCACAAACAGCACCCUCGAACUCGUUCCGGAGCUUCUAUCUCAUCUAACCCCUCGGCAUAUUCGCUAUACCACAUUGGAGCUCCUCCUCCCCUCCAGUAUGACCGGCCCACACCUGUCCGUAACAGGCGUCGUCGACCCCACAUCCGGGAUAUUCCGAACAGCUAUCGAGAGCAUUUCCGUGGAGUGUCCACUUCUUACUUCGCUCACUAUCAUUAGCGAAGCGCCCUUCGCCUCGAGACUUCCCUCACGCAAAGCGUGCGGCGCCGAUACCCUAAAGUCGCUAUCAACGUUGGGGCGCCUACGAAAAAUCAAUCUUAGGAUGAACUUUCUCCAAGUUGUGACGCAAUCGUUGCUAGACUCGUUCGCCGAGUCGUUGCCGAAUCUAGAGUAUUGCUACCUUAGCCCCCUAGUCAAUGGGAUGGAAGAAGACUAUAGCCGUGUCUACUCGCUUGACGGCACUGCUGGAAUUCCCAGCUCAGGCUGGGUCUCUAUUGACAAUGUAGCCAAGUUUACGUCCAAACUCCCCCAUUUGCGGAUACUUGGCCUGACUUUGGGAAACUUAUCCGUAGGAUCCCCUGAAGAACACUGGCCGUCCUCUACGACUCUCAAGGUACUGGAUAUUGGGAGUACAGAUGCGGAGAAAGAACGCGAGUUCAGAAGCUAUAUUUCUGUAGCCUUUCCUUACCUCGAUAGCCUGUUCUUGGAGCCGUGGUAUGUGCCUCCACCGAUAAAGCCGGACAUUCAGCUUUCCAUGCCUCGCGAGCAGUCGCCUAUCUGGUUCUAG